AUGGUUUCUACUAACGAUGAAGGUGGUCCGUCUAGUACGAAAAUAGUUGGUAAACGUGGUGUGACUCGGUUGCAAAAAAUUCACAAAGCCAAAAGCAAUGGAAAGAGGAUUGAGGUUCAAUGGAAUGAAAGAGGUCAACCAAUCAAGCAUAAUAGCAAGAGUUUUGCUAGUUAUAUUGGUGUCACGGUUCGUCGGUUAGUUCCAAUUAGUUUGGACAAUUGGAGUGCGAAAGAAAAUAAAGAGGCUGUAGGGGUUUAUAAACAAAACAUUUGGGAUGAAAUUGAAAAAGCUUUUGUAAUUGGCGAAGAACAUCAUGCAUAUAUAUAUAAAGAAGCUGGAAGGUUGCACAAGGCAUUCAAGACAAAGUUGGCAAAGUUCUAUCUAAGAGAUAGUAAGGGUGAUUUUGUUAAACAUCGACCGGCAAAAUAUUCUUACUGUAUAAAACAAGAGGAUUGGGAUAAAUUUGUAGCUCAGCGUCAGAAUGAAAAAUUUCAGAAAGUUAGUAGUGAAAAUCGAGAAAGAGCAUUAAAUCCUCAACAUCCCUAUAGAAAGUCAUGUUUAGGGUGUGCUCGUCUUGAAGCUGAUAUGGUAGAAGAGUCGGGAGAAGAUGAGAUAAAUCGCAGUCAAGUGUGGAAGGCUGCCCGCGUCAAUAAGAAUGGGGUGAUUGAUAAUGAGAAUGUUCAAAGAGUUGUGGAUCAAUGUGAGAAGUUAACAGAAGCUAUAACUGAAGAAGAGAGACAAGACCUUGGUCCUACGGACAUAUUAUUCGAGGCUCUAAAUCUCCCAAACUACUAUGGGCGUAUUAGGAGUUACGGUUUUGGGGUAUGUUCUAGGGACAUAUUUCCACGCCAAAUUCGCCCCACACAAAUGGACUUUCAAAGAUUGUAUGGCUUUUGCAACACACUCAAAAGUAGAUUGGAGGUGCUAGAGAGAGAGAAGAUGGAGAGAGAUAAGUUGGAUAAAGAGAAGAUAGAGAGGCGAAAAACCGAAGAAGUGGCCGAGAAAGAACAACCUGAACAAGUGUCAAACAGCUUGCAACAACCUGAAAAAGGGGCACAGGGCUUGCAACAACUUGAAGAUGUGGCAGAGAGGCAACAACCUGAACAAGUUUCAAAGAGCUUGUAA